GUCCGCCCGCCGCAACGCACGGCGCCCACCCGCCCACCGCCGCGACUCCCGCAUGCCCGCCGCUACCGAACCGCUCGCCUACCACCCGCACGCCACACGCCGCGAAGCACGACCGCCGCCGCGAAUCCCGCCACUACCGAACACGGACCGCCCGCCUCCGCGAAUCCCGCAGAUGCAACCUCUCCCUCAUCAACCUGCGCGAUGUCACUACUACCCACGAUCGGCGAUCCCAUCUCCCAGCGCUCCCACAUGAAUCCCAAAAAUCGUUCUCCAUCUGCCUCCACCAAUUACCGUAGCCGAACAGUUGCUGGCGGCGAGUACCACGACCUCAUCUCCCUCUCUUCAUCCUCUCUCACAUCGCGGCUAGGGUUAGGUCAUCUCACCAAGCCACCAUGAUGCAGCAGCUCUGUCACAGCAGGGCAUGGCAGAUGGCGCCACCUCUUACCUCCGCAGUCCGCCAGGCAACGGAAGGCCCACCAGGCGGCCGCGCGAGUGCCAAGCGUGGAUGGGCGUGGCCAAGAGCUAAGACCCUAACUUUUGGUGAAUCUCACGGCCGCGCUCUCCUUCCUCUCCACACUCUGUCUCGGCACCGUCCCGCACUCUCGCUCACAAUGCCACCAUCGCCGCUGACGAGGCCUCGUCUCCGUCGGUCCCUGUUCUGCCCACCGGCAGUAUGACAGAUGGACCCCAUGUCUCCGGCGGAGGGAAUGGCGAGGCAAAGCAUAGGUAGGCACUGAACGGACCCGACACAGCCUGAUCCAGUUAAUUGGUGUUGCUCUCGUUCUCCCUGUUCAGAUCUAAGGGUUCAGUUUGGUUGUCUCAGGCAGCAACGGUGUCACGAACGCGACAUCGAAGGUGAAAUUCUUUUCGCGUUCAACUAAUCCCCCUAUGUCAUUCGAUGAUAAUCCCUUGCUUACUUUGGUAAUGGUUUGGCUACUGCACAUAGACUAUUGUUACUCUGAAUGUUGCACAGUGUCUUCUUCGAAGAAGACUGGGUUGAUUCGGCUACAACAUUUAAAUGCAGCUAACCCUUGGUGCUUCUCCAGUAGUCCAGCGCAUGUGCUUCAGUUAUUUGUACACGAACUUUUUUGUUGGCUGUUGUACUCAUGCCAGUUGCAGAUUGACCAUGCAGAGUAGUGAAUAGCGAGGAUGGCUGAUACUAUAAUUUUCUCGCCAUUUGGCUGCUCAUAGGCUCUCAAUAAUCGAGGAUAUUUUUCCAGGCAUCAAAUCAUGUAUGUCCUAUGUAGGGAAAGAAGACCUGGGUAAUGCCUUGCUAUGCCCAUAUGACAUUACGAGCACACUAAAUUUAAGCUUUCUUCUAUCUUUGAUCAUGUUCUAACUACUAGCAUGGAGGAAGAAUAUGUACAAUUCAAGCAGCAUGGACUCCUGCCCAGUUCUACAGCAUGGACUCCUUCUAGACCGCCAACAACCCCGUCCGCACCCAGGCAUCAGCAAGACAACACAACAAUUGGAUGGAAUCUAUGCACUCUUUGCAGUAUUGAGGCUUGCUGUUGUUGAUACAAAAGCAGAUGGUGCCAUUCUGAAGGAGGAACUGUGGACAUUGAUUGCUCAAAAUGAACCCUCAUUAAUCUCUUUACAGUUGGUAAUUCUGUUGUUCUGAGUUUUCCACUAAGAAUACUUUAUUAUCCCA